GGCCAGGAGCAUCUGGUCUGCAAGCUGAAGAGGUCCAUUUAUGGGCUGAAGCAGGCUUCAAGGUCUUGGAACAUCCGUUUUGACGAGGUUGUCCAAUCGUAUGGAUUUACCCAAUGUCCGGAUGAGCACUGUGUGUACAAGAAAAGUGAUGGAAACGUGGUGGUGUUUCUAGGGCUGUACGUGGAUGAUAUUCUUCUCAUUGGAAACAGUGUGAAGAUGUUGUCAGACGUAAAGGUAUGGUUAUCCAAGCAGUUUGAUAUGAAGGAUUUGGGUGAAGUAGGACAUGUUCUCGGAAUCAAGGUUAUUCGCGACCGAGAGAAGAGAAAGUUGUGCCUAUCCCAAUCCACAUACAUAGACACUGUCCUAAAGCGUUUCAACAUGCAGGAUUCCAAGAAAGGGGAUUUGCCCUUUCGACAUAGAAUACAUCUAUCUAAGAGGAUGUCCCCGAAGACGCCUCAAGAGAUAGAGGACAUGAAGGCAGUUCCUUAUGCAUCGGCAGUAGGAAGCCUCAUGUAUGCUAUGUUGUGCACGCGACCUGAUAUUUGCUAUGCCGUGGGCAUGGUAGCAAGAUAUCAGAGUAAUCCAGGACCGGAACAUUGGUCUGCGGUAAAGCAUAUACUCAAGUACCUUCGUACAACUAAGGAGUACAUGUUGAUUUACCAGGCAGAUGAGUUGCUUCCAUUGGGUUACACCGAUUCUGACUUCCAGGCAGACCGGGACGAAAGCAAGUCAACCUCAAGGUUUGUGUUUACUUUAGGAAGAGGAGCCAUAGUAUGGAGAAGUGUCAAGCAGAAAUGCGUGGCGGACUCAACCAUAGAGGCUGAGUAUAUGUUCAAUUCUCUUGGACUGCAGCACAUUUCGGACGAUGCAGUGUCUGAGGAGCCAAACCAUAACGAUGUUGCUCUCCCCACCUCGGAUCCUUUAACCAAAGACCGAGGUCGACGACCUGGAAAGGAGCCACUCCUUGAAGAGGACGAGUUGGACCCAAGAGCCCAGUUUAAAGAAAAAAGCCGAAGUGAUCGAGCUAAGCCUGGAGAAGACGUACAAUUGAUCUAUAUCGAUGAACCAGUCUUCCACAAAUCAUUGCGUAUCGGAAGUCAUCUUCAAGAACCUCUUCGGUCAGAACUCAUCUCGUUUCUCAAACACAAUUCUGAUGUUUUCGCUUGGAAGCAUAAAGAUAUGAAGGGUAUCGACCCCGGUGUCGCUAGCCACAAAUUGAACCUUGACCGGACCAUCCGGCCUGUUGUGCAGAAAAGAAGGAAACUGGGGUCGGAUCGUCAGAAAGCAUUGGAAGAGGAAGUCAAAAAACUCAUUGACAACAAAUUCAUCAAGGAAGCCAGAUAUCCGACGUGGGUCUCAAAUCCUGUUCUUGUCAAAAAGAGCAAUGGGCUAUGGAGACUGUGUAUCGAUUUUUCCGACCUGAACAAGGCGUGUCCGAAGGACAACUAUCUGCUUCCUCACAUAGAUUAUAUGGUCGAUGCCACGUCGGGACAUGAGUUGAUGAGUUUCAUGGAUGCUUACUCUGGCUAUAAUCAGAUUCCUAUGGAUCCUGAAGAUUCCGAACACACCUCGUUAUAUUCGGCCCGAGGCUUGUACUGCUAUACUAUGAUGCCAUUCGGAUUAAAAAACGCCGGGGCUACUUAUCAACGCCUCGUCAACAAAAUGUUCGCUACGUUGAUCGGUCAUACUAUGGAAGUUUAUGUUGACAACAUGCUCGUCAAGUCG